UCACUUGUACCACUAGCUGCACACCACCCAUUAUUACCUCCACUAGUAUCUUCCACCACUUCUAUAGCACCACCACUCACUGUUGCUCUCACCUCAGUUAGCUACAUCAUCACUACCUAUUACUGUCACCACUACCACUAACUGUACUACCACCCAUUACUACCUCAACCACCAUUAAUUGCACCACAACCCACUUUUGCUAUCACCAGUUACAUCACAACGUACUUCUGCCAUCGCUAGCUGCACCACAACCCACUUCCACCAUAACUGUUGCACCACAACCCACUUCCACCACAACUAGCUGCACCACAACCAACGCAGCCAUGCUCAAGUUCCGAGUGACCAACAGCACCAAGGCAAGGAGGGCGCAAGCUCAGAGGAGGGCCCUGGAGGAGAAGAGGUUGUCAUCAGCAGUUUACUUUGAGAGCCAUGAAGAGUAAAGAUAUUCAGUAUACAGUAAUUACAGCAAGCGAGAAAUAACAAACAGUUUCAGCUGGAGUGGGCUUGGAAGCCGAUGGCAGCCAUGAUGAACGAGGACAAAACGGACCUGGUGUACUGGAUCCCACCACUCUAUAGCUCCAACCUGAUGGCUGCUGGAGCGCCCCGUCGCCCCUCCCAUGCUGGACUGUCACGCCGCCCCUCCUUCACUGGAAUGCCGCGUCGACCAUCCCUCUCCCGCUCAUACACCCUCGCUGCUGCUGCCACUGAGAGGAAGAGGAGGCUUGCCACAAGACGCACCAAAAUGGCCAGUGAGCAGCUUUGCGAUAUGAAAGACUGCAGUGAAGACAUGAGAGGUAUGAAGGAUGAAGACGCCGAAAGCGGCAUAGGCCUACAUGAAUCUAUGGCUCAUUCCCGCGAGGACUUGGGUCGCCGUAGCUUCCAAAGUAUUCAAGAAGAGAGAAUUCCAGAGCUUCAACGAACCCCAUUUGCUGGACGCCCGAAAGUCAGGUGCACCUCCAUGAAGCUUAGGCCUCCUGAAAAGGUGUGCGAGGGGAUGAGACGUGCUUCCGAUUCUGCUGCAAUGAAAUCCAAAACUUUACCAUCACUGUUUCGGUUGCUGAAACCACAGAGCAACCAAAAGAAUAAGCAUUUCGUACCCAAAGAGGUGGAGUCUCGGUGCUACGGCAGUAAGAAAGUGAAGCGGCCUUCAAUCAAGGUGUAUAAUCCUCCAUCUCGCCUCUCUAAUCGACGAGCGAGGUCCAGUUUUUCUCAAAGCGAAGAUGAAGAUCCAUGUGUCUAUUUCUCCUUAGACCCCAAACGCAGAGAAAGCUUCCGCAGAGAUAGUGUGCGCAGAGAUAGUGUGCGCAGAGAUAGUAUGCGCAGAGAGAGUAUACGCAGAGAGAGCAUCCGUCCGGGGCCCACCUAUGAACAACAAAAGCCCCAUCAGGCAAGGAGGGGAAGUUAUGCUAAUUAUGCUAAUUAUAUGUCAGGAGACACCCCCAAGGUUCGCCAUGCCCACCUGCAGAUGGUGUUGCGACUCCUGGCCCAGAUGUACGAAGAAAAGGUGGUCCGUCAGGAUACAGAGAUUCAACACCUUAAGAAUAGACUCCAGACGCAGGACAAGCACUUGAAGCGCAUGGUGCAGAUGAUCCUCCACCUUAAGGACGAAGUAAACAAGAUCAAAAAUCAACGCAUCCUAAUGGCUGAUGCGAUGAAAGACGUCCAGAACGCUGUACUCAGUGUCAAAGUUGGGGAGCAGGGCAAAACUGGUAUAGAUGUUUAAAAGGACUUCAAUUAUCAAUUUUCUUAUAGAUUUAAUUUUUAUGCCAUGACUGCGAUAAAGAGGUGCAUAUCACGCGUCAUAAACAUAUCAUAAAUUUAUCCAUUACCAGCAGUCUUUGCCAGAUACACCACACAAGGUGCUUAUACAAAGAUGGCUGAUCAUACGGGCUACCUGUGUUUGAGAGAUAGAUCCAACCUGCAGAAUGGACGGCAAGUGCCAGGGGUAUAGAACCUCUCCACUGUAAGGGUUUUUGCAUCUUCCUCUCACAGAUGAAGUUUAUGACAAUUAUUACAGGGUAUCUCCGCAAUGGCUUCUACCAAAAUAUUUAGACUGCUACCUGAUCCUAAUUCCUCCAUAUAGAUGUUUUACUCAAAUCCUGAAGGGUUGAUAGCAUGAAAUAUCAACAAAUAAUUUAUCUUAUAUUUUGAUGUUGAAUGUUUGAUGACAUGUCAGUAGACUUAUUGAUGUUGGAGGAAGCCAGUGUUGUGAGGAGGGCAGGGAGGGUAUCCCCAGGGCUCCGGUACUGAUCAGAAUUGAAGUCUAAAACGAGCAUCGCCAUUAAUUUUUUAGGACAAAGUGGGGUCAUCUUGGUAAGAUCCAUUAGUCAUGUUUACUUUAUAUAUAUAUAUAUAUAUAUAUAUAUAUAUAUAUAUAUAUAUAUAUAUAUAUAUAUAUAUAUAUAUAUAUUAAUAUUAAUAUUAAUAUUAAUAUUAGAGAAAAUUUAUUCUGAAGUACUGUAUUGUGCUUUAUUAUACAUUAAAUUUGAGUUAAUUUGUCGGUAGACAUACUCACAUAUUCUAGCUUGUACGAACAACAAACAAUGAAUAGAGAUAGAGUACUCUAAUGUUUAUAGCUGUAAUAAAGAUUUUUGUGACAAAAUAUGUAAUAUGGAUUCAUUCCGAAUUACUUUUGGAAUGGUGAGUAACGGGUACAUGUAAGUUAGAAGUGCUUAUGAAUGUAUCGCCUGAAAAGACUUUAGACUACGGGGAUUAAUCUAGCUAAUUAUCAUGAUUAGGUUUACCUGUUUUCCCAUGAAGUAAGACAGUUUACCUGUGGAAGAUUCUUCAAGAACUCCCCUGUUAUUGAGCAAGGCAGGAGUGAUUUCAACAGUAGCAAGGUGUUUUUGUCGGGUUUUAGUGCAAAAAUCAAUCGCUGAUUAAAACUGGAGUGCAUUGCGCCAGAGACAGACUUGGUUGUACCCAAACGGCUCAUAACCAUAUAUUGUGUCUUUAAUUUAACAAACAAAAUAUGCUUGAUGCUUGAUAAAGUCUUCUUUUCUGACCAUGUUACUGCAAUAUCUGCAUUCAUUACCUCCGCUCUACUCGAUGUGUCCCUUGCACUGCAUGGGGACAAAUCUUGAAGAAAAAAAAUCACUACCCUUACUCGACCAAAGACGCUUAUGUUCUCUUACUGUGAUGUAACAAAAGUUUUGUUAUUAUUGUACUGUCAGUUUUGUCUUGUGCCCUUCAGCUAUGAUAUAAUGAAACAUUAUACUACUGACUAUUACACAAUGAUAUGGAAUGUAUUGAAUCAAAAUGUGUGAAUCAUCACACUUUUCCUAAAAAUAAUUUAUUGAUUUAUAUACCAUUUUAUACAUUAUUAUAUUACAUUAUAUCAUUUUAUCUGGUUAUCACAACGAAUUCUAUUUAUUAAAUGUUGCAUUAACUUUUAGACGUUGCAUUAUAAUGAUGAUAUAAAGGAAUUAUGUGUUGUAAUUGUCACAUAAACAUUUACACUGUCAUUACUUGAAACUGACGUAGUCAUAUUUCAGCAGCAUUGUUACAAUUGUUUAGAUAAUUGACAGCAAAUAAGACUAAAACUCAACCUAUUGAUAUAUUGCUCAACUAUUUAUCAAUGAUACUUACUGUAGAUGUCAAAGUCAUGUCCUGAGUUCUGACUCAGCCACCCUUUCAAGUUUAACCCCCUCACCUCUCUGGCUUAACAUUCCCUUUACCUGAUUCCUCUCCUUCCUCCCAUUAUCCUUUCUCCCCAUCCUUCUUCCUUUAUUCUCACCCCCCCCCCCUCCCCUAAUGUCUCUUCCUCCUUCCCCUACUUCCUCCUAGCAUUUAGUUUCCUUUACACGAGUUCUUCGACCCUACUGACUGAAGGACGUCUUGUGCCUUCAUAAACUGUCUAGCAAAAAGUCAAUUUUCUAGUCAUUUUCAUAUAUAUAUAUAUAUAUAUAUAUAUAUAUAUAUAUAUAUAUAUAUAUAUAUAUAUAUAUAUAUAUAUAUAUAUAUAUAUAUAUAUAUAUAUAUAUAUAUAUAUAUAAUGUGAGUGUGUGAUACUAAAAUUAAUGUUUUUAUUUAUGAUGAGAAAAAUAAUUUGAUAUUUAUAAGUUUUGUUUGCAUGAUGUAUGUGAUCAGUAUACAGUAUUUUGUACAUACUAAACGUCAUAUUUUCAAUAGAUUAGAGUGAGACAGACUUGUGUAAUGCUGUUCGAAGGUGCUCUAUCCAUUCCUCAAUUAAGAUUCAUAGCCCUGUAAUAUAUACUGUAUUAUCUUUCACAAUAAAUAUGAAUAUAUGUUA